UAUUUAUGUUUUUUUUAUAAAUCCAUAGAUAUUACUCUAAAAAUACUUCUUUCACCUUUACUGCUUGUAAAUAAUACGUCACACGUUAACCAACUCUCAAAACAUGUUAUAAAAAUCUGUCAAAAAAUAUUAUUAAAAUCAAUAGAAAAUUUCAAACUUAAAGGUUUCACAAAUGGAUUAAAACAUGAAAUGCCAACUUGCAGCCAAAACAAGAAAUGCACACAAAAUAGAAUAAAAUGUCACCGAGUUCCGAUCUCACCACGUCCCUGUAUUGACAGCCACAGAAUACCACAUUUUAACCCACAAUUUCGCUCUCCAAGAUGCCAUAAUCCUUUCAUACAUUCCCAUUAUCCAAACGCCGCUCAUUGCAUGGCGUCAGUCAAAAAGCGUUACGACUGUUCAGACGAAUCAGAGGAUGAAGAAGCAAAAGAAAAGGUAGAGAUAAUCCAAUGUCCUUAUACGGGUUCCACACAGGACGUGGAGUGUCAAGACGAAAAUACUAAACUUAAAACUUGCUGUGUUCGUGACGUCGAUUCAAAAGGAUCCCUAAAAAUUUUGCCUUCAGGAUUCAAAGCGCAUAUAUCCGUUGAUAUAGCAAGUGACCAGCAACCUUCAGUAGGACAGAAGCCGGAAGUGUGCUGCCGCGCUAAAAAGAGCAUUGAAAACGUGUCCAACGAGAAGCAAUCUCCUAAAGAGACUUCAACACCCAAAUCAAACCAGCAGGAUCCGAAAAAUCUUGAACCAUGUUGCGCAAAGUCUAUGAAACCUUUCCAAACAAAAGAAGCACAAUUUAAAUUAUCGGCUCAAGGUAUUAUUAAACGCGAUACUGAUUCAACUCUAGUCAAGCAUAUUGACAAUGAAGCUCUUUCACUGCAAAGCGUAGAAUCAGACGAUAAUGUAUCUGAAAAGCCAUGCUGUGCUAGCGCCUAUCCUAGAAUCAAAACUGAACCAAUUUUGCCACCAAAAGGUAUCAGUGGAACCGCUAGACCAGGCUACGUUGUGAAUAAAGAGAGCCCGGAUCCGAUACCAGAAGAAAAACCAUCAGAAUGCAUGAUUGACGGUGGAUGCAUUCAUGGCAUUUCCAGUAUAAUGCCAAAUGCGAAACAAAAGAAGCAAAACACUUGUUUUUGUGGUGCGAAAAGUAAAAAGGAAUCUCACGUGUGUGAUGCAAGCAAGCGUUUGAUUGAUCAGAAGAGUUGCCCGUGUCGAUAUCCGCCAGGUUAUAGCCAAUUCAGCUGUGCUGGCAACAUUACCGGGGUAUGCAAGUGUAAUGGGGAAUUUAAAUAAAUAUUUUACUUGGAACUGGCAUAGUUAAAAAUGUUGCCAUUAAAAAAAACACAUAACUGGCAUUAUUUUUAUUUUUGUUCACACUUCACUUGUAUAACAGUUGUAGCACAU